AUAGUCUUAGGUCAUUCGGUAGAAAUUGGCAACACUGGUUCUUCUCUUUGGUUUUACUUGACGUUUUUCUUCUUUGUCUUUGGUUGUUACUUUAUGAGUGAUGUCGCCGUUGUUAAUCGAGUGUCGUCGUCUUUUUUAAAGUUUUAUCUAGAUAAUUCCGGACUCCGCUGGUGUACGUGAUAACUUAGCCUAUGUAUAUAAAAGUGACAAAUCGUGAAAUUAGUUUUGUGUCGGACAAAGAUUUGUGAUUAAGUUUCUAAUUUAUUGAUCCCGAGAGGGAUUUAUUUGGCAAAAUGAUGACCGAAAGGAUCAGUUCGAGUAAUCACGUCGGGAACAGUAUCAAUAAUCAGAGCAAAGGAGAUGUCGAUAAAGCUGUUGACGACAUUGGUUGGAAAUCUAAAUUAAAAAUACCUCCAAAAGACAGAAGAAUAAAGACUAGUGAUGUGACGGAUACAAGAGGAAAUGAGUUUGAAGAGUUUUGUCUAAAGAGAGAGCUGCUGAUGGGAAUCUUUGAAAAAGGCUGGGAGAAACCGUCCCCUAUUCAAGAGGCUUCUAUUCCUAUUGCUCUCAGUGGAAAAGACGUACUUGCUAGAGCCAAAAAUGGAACCGGCAAAACUGGUGCUUAUUGUAUUCCAGUUUUAGAACAGGUUGACCCUAAGAAGGAUUGUAUUCAAGCUUUAAUUGUGGUACCAACAAGAGAAUUAGCACUCCAGACAUCACAGAUUUGCAUUGAGCUGGCGAAGCACACAGACAUUCGUGUUAUGGUCACUACAGGAGGCACUAACCUCCGUGACGACAUAAUGCGUAUCUACCAAAACGUUCAAGUAAUAAUUGCGACCCCCGGUCGUAUGAUUGAUCUCAUGGAUAAACAGGUGGCAAAGAUGGACCAAUGCAGGAUGCUAGUCCUUGAUGAAGCCGACAAGCUCCUCUCACAAGACUUCAAGGGCAUGCUCGAUAUGGUGAUCUGCAGAUUACCCAAGGAACGUCAAAUCCUGCUCUUCUCCGCAACCUUCCCUCUGAGUGUGAAGCAGUUCAUGGAAAAGCACCUGAGGGAACCUUAUGAAAUUAAUCUCAUGGAAGAAUUAACACUGAAAGGUGUCACACAAUACUAUGCAUUUGUUCAGGAGCGGCAGAAAGUUCAUUGUUUAAAUACACUCUUCUCAAAGUUACAAAUAAACCAGUCGAUCAUAUUCUGCAACUCGACGCAGCGCGUGGAGCUCCUCGCCAAGAAGAUCACGGAGCUGGGCUACUGCUGCUACUACAUCCACGCGCGCAUGGCGCAGGCGCACCGUAACCGCGUGUUCCACGACUUCCGCGCCGGCCUCUGCCGCAACCUCGUGUGCUCGGACCUGUUCACGCGCGGUAUCGACGUGCAGGCCGUCAACGUGGUCAUCAACUUCGACUUCCCGCGCAUGGCGGAGACCUACCUGCAUCGUAUUGGUCGCUCCGGACGUUUCGGACACUUAGGUAUCGCCAUCAACCUGAUCACGUACGAGGACCGGUUCGCGCUGCACCGCAUCGAGCAGGAGCUGGGCACGGAGAUCAAGCCCAUCCCCAAGGUCAUCGACCCGGCGCUGUACGUGGCGCGCCCGUCGGACGACUGCUCGGACGACAAGUAACGCCCGACACUUGCUGACUGCUCCAAACAAACUAAUAUACACAUAGUAAAAAACUACAAAAACAAAAACUAUAUUUGUAAAGUGUAAUGAAUUUAACGAAAAUUGUGUCUUGUAAAUAGUUUUCUCGUGAUAAGACUUAUGACAUCUGUCGAUUUGGUGGUAAAACUGUGAACUUUUAAUGGAAAAGGAAAAUAUGUAUGUUGAUGAGUGACUUUAAAGUGAUGCCUCCUAGAUCCAUAUUGGAUUCGGGGCCCGGCAGCCGCGGAUAGGUACACUUGUUGGAUUGGUGAGUUUUGUUAAAAUAUAAAAUAUUUAUCUGAAUUGUUCAGAGUCUACCUAAAUUUAUCCAAUGAUCAAUUACAUAAAUUGUGGUAGACUUUCAGAAAUGAUUUGCCCUCCCCAGCCCAUGUCGCGAACUGAGCUAGCACUGGGUUACUUUACUGUUACUACAACCUUCUAGCUGGUGCAUGGGUUGGGGCAAGAGACUAGCUCAGUUCUUCUAAUGUAGAAUGAUUAAAUUAUAUCCUUUACAACAAUUUGACAUGUUUUGUUACUGUCGAAAUCUUAUGAAAAAUGUUGUCAAAUAUAUUGUAAAUGGAAAAGUAUUAGAAAAACUGUAAUUUAGAUAUUGUCCUGCCACUUGGGACAGUAUCAUAAAAUCAAGUCGUUUUGAUUUUAUUUAUUGUACACACUUUUAUUUUGUUUUUAUAUCAAGUGGUAAAUCACAGUUUAGUGAAACCUAAGAUGAUGGUUUGGUGGUAAGUCCAAGACACGGUUACCCAAUAACUACCUAUAAAUGAAUAAUGCCUGCUUCAAUAAAAAUCGUGACUUGGACAACUGCCUGAGUUUGUGGAUGUAACAAUGUUGAUGUAAAUGUAAACUGUGACCAACGAGGCGCGGGGAAGGCACAUCCCGUCACGACUUGCGGGCAUGGACCGUCCCUGCGUCUGAGGGGAUUUUAUUUAGAGAGCUUUAAGUUUCAAUUAAUAACACGCAUUUUGCUCUCUGGGGGUUCAAACUUUUUGGGAUGUCAAGUGAAGAGUAUUUCAUUGGAACAGUAUACAUCUUUAGAUUGUAACUUUUUAUUUAUUAUUAUAUGGCUUAAUCUGCAUCUGGUAUGUGUUUGUACGCCAUACAAAUUGAUUUUUACUUACGAUUUUUCACUGAAGACAUCAAAUUGAGGGUACAAAUAGCAAUAUGUAACUUUAGUAGUUAUUUACAGAAAACUUACAGUACCGUGUAUGCACUAGAGGCUAUUAAAGAGUCUGUUGAUGGACAGUGAGUAAGCUAUAACAAAGCUUUGGCAACUAAAUGAAUACAGACUAUGCUUCAAGUGAAUACAUAGUGAUUAACUUUGAUCUGUGAUAAAAGUGAAUUCAUAUUUAUCGGGCCUGUCUAGAGAUGUUUAUUUUGAUCUAAGGUAUUUUCGAAUUGUAGUAAUUUUGUAGUCUUCCAUUUUUCACCAUCUCCAAAAUAUUGCGUAAGCGUAUGAUGAUAAGAGAUAUUGGCUUCGUCGCAGCUGGCUCUAUUGGACUUACUCAUACUUUUGCUACAAUAUUUAUGCAGUCCGAUGUAGGUACAAAUUCCUAUACUGGUUUAUGUAAAAUAGAAUAUUAGCCUGUAAUGCAAUCAUGCAAGAGGCUUGUUUGUCCAUGUGAAUACUCACAGCAAUCUGCCCUAGCCCUAUAAUAUAACAACUCCUUUGUAUGGCCAUUGUGUGAAUUCAAAAUCUUAUGGAGUAAAUUUGGGAGACCUCAACAAAGCAUAUCAAUAUUGUCUACAAAUUAUUUGAGAAAUCUUGUAUUUCUGCUUUAUUGCCUCUAUUGGUGCAGGUGGCAAUGCAUUUCUCUCAUUGUAAUUCUCAAAGAAGUGACAUAUAAACUAAAUGAUGACAUUGUAGAAGCACUGUAGUAAUAAGCUGUAAGUGAUAAAAAGUUAAUUUUAUGAAAGUAAUUUGCUAAAACGCAAAAAAAAUGAAAGUAUUACUGUAUUGUACGGAAGUGUAGAAAUAUUUUCUAUUGGAAACUAGAGAAAAAUGUGUAAUCAUGUUUUGUUUAUAAUUUUGUAUGUAGGUACUUCAGUGUUUCUACACUAUCAUUUCAACAAUUAUUAUGUUACAACUAUUCCAAAAAUAAUGUGAUAUUCUACAAAACAGUAUUUUGUUUUGUUGUACUGAACCAUGAAAAAUAAACUCUUCACGCAAA